AAAAUAUAACCCACACCUCCUCGCAUUUCUUGCUCGGGUAUACGAAAGUAAGACAUCGGCUCAGCUCUCUUAUUGUUACCGAUACAAUUAUUACAUUUCUUACAAUGCUCUUUCAUCCCACCUUUCACCCCACUUCGGUUUCUUUAUCUCUUUUCCAUAUCUAAAUAAGUAGUAUUCUUUUAUUGAACCAACUUGCGUAUUACAUACAUCAUUGUUAUUUCUUUUUUCCCUCUUACUAAAUUCAUCGUACCUUUCAGCCUUGGCGCCACUUACCUUUUCGGGAACAUUUUCAGAGUUACAAUACGGCUAGUGGGUAGUGCGGAGACGAGACUGAACAGGGGUUUAUAAUUGGAUGAGCGGGAAGACAAGGAUCUCUCGAGCUCGACAUUAUGUGGAGGAUUUUUUUUUUCUCUGUCGGAUUUUUGUAUGGGAGCUCUAUGAGUGGAUGGAGUUGGCUGGUUCAAAAUGGGUCUAGGCCUGGUUUGUCGUCCCCGGUCUACUCAGGUGCCCCGUCUGAAUCGAUCGUCACUUGUCACGGAAUAACUUCUCUUGGCGGUAGCCCAGAUCCACUACAACUGCUUUAUGUUCCCGUCGUGAAAGCGCGAAGGGGGGCGAAAGUGGAAAGAAGUGGAAGUAGAAGUGGCAGUGACAACUAGUGACAACAUCAGGAGGACAACCAGACAUGGAAGACAUGGAAGGCACCACACGGGCAAGAAUGGGUCCAGCAGGUUACAGGUCGCAGGUCCCAUCUCCAAUCUCCAGCUUGAAGCUUGCACUUGCCUUGCAGGUUCCCAAAUGGCAAAUGGUCCAGUUGAAUGCUGCUCCCAAAUGUUCUUGGUUCUUGCAGUAUUGGAAGUAACGAAAACGGGCUAAUCAACUGUCCCCAUUUUCAAUGCGAUGCCAAAGCCAUUGGAAAGGGAGGUACGAUGUCCACAGUUAGCAUCGUGAACUUUCAUUGGACGAAUACCU